UCUCCCCUGUUGACACAGGCAGCCAUUUAAAAAUAGCCCCAGCAGAGCAGAGGCCUGCUGAAGUGUCCAUGGUGCCUCCGGUCUUCAUGUGUUGGACUGAGGUCAGACGAUCAGCCAGUUUGACUGGAAACUUUGAUCCUUAUUGUUUUUAUUAGCUGGUUCCGUUGGUUCUGAUUGACAGAAAACGAAAUGGACCUGCAGGCUCUUUCUGACCAGUUCCUGGAGUUUCACCCCAACCACGGUACCAACAUAAUCCUGGACCAGUCGGGAACGCAGGCCACCCGAGUGGAAAGCUUUGCUAAUGGGGUUUGCUUCAGCAAACGACCGCUGAAACCCGGACAGAUCUUCCUGAUAGAGAUCGAGGAGAAGGAGCUGGGCUGGUGCGGCCACCUGCGGGUCGGCCUGACCGCCUGGGACCCGGACAGCCUGGCCGUGGUCCCUGAAUACUCCAUCCCAGACCUGAUGGAGCUGGGAGACAGCUGGGUGUUCGCCAUCACUCGGAACCACAACAAGGUCCUGGAGGAGCCUGAGGUCCGACACGCCGGGCGGAGACUUGGACGAGGAGAGGAAGAGGACGGAGUUCAGGGAGAAGAAGGUGGAGGCAACACCAAACCAGAGACUUUCUUCACGGACUCUCACCUGUACAUUGACUCGGUCCGAAUCCCCAGAGACAAACUGGCCGGCCGGAGCCGUCCGGGGCGUUUCAGCCACAUCCUGGACGACCUGUAUAAGAGCAACGCGCUGCCGCCCACGGCUAGACGCAGCAGGAUCGGAGUUCUGUACGUACCGAAGAGCAGAGACACGGCCGACAUGCACAUCGUGAUCAACGGAGAGGACAUGGGGGCCUCCGCCAAGGGACUCCCGUCCAGCAGGCCGCUGUACGCCGUGGUGGACGUCUUCGCUGCCACCAAGACAGUUCGCAUCGUCCAGGUGGAGUACGGAUUCUCCUCUCUGCAGACGCUGUGCAGGCAGGCCAUUCAGAAGCACAUUGUCCACAGGACGGCCAUCGACUGGCUGCAGCUGCCUGCCGCGCUGAAGCACUACUGCAAGUAUGAAUGAAGCGUCUGGAUGUGCAGAAAAAAGAAGAACCAGCGGAGAUCUUUUCAAAUGUCUGUGAAGAAAUGAAAUAAAAACUUCCAUUAAUUUC